GGAGCGUUCGUGGGGGGGGUGUCGGUUAAAGCACAGUCGUAAUCCCGGUCACACGAAAUCCUCUCGCUACAACCUCGGAUUCACGGGAGGUUUUCCUGAAAUUGUUAAACCUCUUAAAGUCAGGUUGUUCAGAUCCGCCUGCCAUGCGAUUUUCUCCUCGCGUUUUAAAGAUUUUCAAUUAUUUCUGCAAGUGUUCUGCACUUCUUUGAGCGCUCAAUGCCGGGUCCGGUCAUGCCCGUGGACGUGGCGGUUCAGCUGUACAUCGGCCACUCGCCGCCUCUGCGGAGUUUCCUCAGCACCUACGAAGAGUGCAGGAUGAGGAAGCAGGGCGGCAGCAGGUGCUACCAGUCCCUUCGGCCCUGCCUCAGCGCCAAGGCCUCGCUUGCACCCCGCUGUCUGGACUGGCAGACUCCCAAAAGCAAGUCCAAGAAGAGGGUGGUGUUCGCUGACUCCAAGGGCAUGUCGCUCACUGCCGUCCAUGUCUUCUCUCCAUCCGACAGCAGGGAGCGCAGGCCGGCGUCCUCGUUGCAGUUUGACGUGAGCGAGCUGGAGGGUUCGGUGGUCGGCCUGUAUGUCGGCUCCCCCCAGAGCAGGGUCCUGGACUUCUCUCAGCCCGCCGCUGACUACCUGGACUUCCGCAGGCGUUUGAUGAAGAACUGCGUGUGCCUAGAGAGCUGCUCGUUGCAGGAGAAGGCCCUGACUGGGACGGUUGCCGUGCGCAACCUGGCCUUCGAGAAGUCCGUCCAUGUGCGGAUCACCUUUGACUCGUGGAAGAGCUACCGGGAUGUCGCGUGCACGUACAUGAAUAAUGUCUACGGCUGCCAAGACACAGACACGUUCUCCUUCACUAUUGAGCAGCCUGCGCCAGUGGCACUUCAGAAUAAGGUGGAAUUUUGCAUCAGCUACACCACUGGAGGGAAGACGUACUGGGACAACAAUAAUGGGAGAAAUUACGGAAUGGUAGCGGCCGCUUGGAAGCCGGACAACGAAUGGAAUUCACAAGCAGAACAGAAGAAUCCACAAGAGCUCCCAAAGCAGGGGACAAAAAGUGAUAUGGGGCUGGAUCAGUUUGGCAGCCCACGCAACUGUAAGGGAUUCAUCCCCAAGUGGCAGAGUUGGGGGUGCAUUAAAACUAGUGCCCCCUACUGGUAACCUGUGACAGUUAAAGAUAAAGAGUUUUAAUGGGACGUUAUGUAGCUCUACUUUCCAAAGUACUAACAAUGGCAUUAGCAUUUCUUCCCAUAAGGCUUUUAGAAGCUUGAUCUGCUGUUGUAGAUAUAAGCUAUAUAUACACUGAUUAUUGAUUAUUAAAGUAUAAAGAUGGAAGAUAAUUUAAAAUUUGUUCGAAAUAAAGAAUUUUACCUUGUUUCAUUGAAGUGAAACAUUAGAAGCAUGCUUCAUUGUAAAACUAAUGAACCAUAUUCAGCUAAAUGGACAUUUUUUUAAACCUUUAACAUCUAAUGUUAUUUCUGUUCAAUACUUAACAAAUAUCUACAUUUGUUGUGUGUUAUCAGUGUGCCUUGCAUCUGUUUACGUGUAUACUGAUCUGCUGUAAUGAACUUUGAAAAGAGUCCAAACUGCUACUGUUGUCCUGCCAAUUGGAAAGGAAAUCCAGCCAUGUUAUUUAAAUUUACAGUAACCUUUUAAGCAUUUAAAUAAUAAUUAAAUCUGUAAAGCGUGGCAGGUGGGAACAGCUGGGUCACUAUGAAGGGCUUCCUUCAUAUUGAAGGGUUAAUUUCUACUUGAUGAGGCACUUUUAUGAUGAUCAAUGAAAGGAAGCAGUAAUACUGAAACUUUUAUUGAUCAUAAAUUACUCUUCAAUUAUUUCAGCACCAUGGGAUUCGAUGGUUUCAGAUUGAUGCUAUAAGCAUUGAUCUGUGAAUUAAUCACAUGUAAUUGCACCAACUAAAGAUGAAUGUAUAAGCUCUGGCUAUUCAGCUGUGUUUAUUUCCUUACAUAGGCGUCUUGUUUGCAGCUGGGAUGGGCCGUUGCUAUGUGAAUACCAGUGUGACUUGUGGUUUUGUAUAGUUUGUGUAUGGUGAAGAAGGAAAGUGUUUUAUAAUGGGAUUGUUAUGUGAGAUGUAUGCUCAAAUAUGAAGCUGUCUUGUGUGGCUGGUUGCCUGUCUAAAUGUAUUUAUGUGGUUAAAAUAAAUUCCCAUAUGUUUAAACAAA